AUGUGCAGCAUGGUUGGCUUUAUCGACCCUGCUCAAGUUAGUGCCAACGCUGGGUCACUAACUGACAGAUCACGAAUUGUAGCCAGUCGACUUCAGAAAACAGAUGGUGAACAGAUUUUCAUGAUGCCUUACAAUCCAGGCCGUCAUUGGGUCUUGCUGAUUGUGAGGGCAAAGAGGGAAACCGUCUAUUUUCUGGAUCCUCUGCCUGGAAAUCGUGUGGUGGAUGAGGAGGGCAAAAACAUCGUGAACAGUGCUUUAAAAAUUUAUAAUUCCCACAUAGGCAGACCAGGCCGUAAAGCACCAAUUUGGAAAACUCUGCCAGGCACACCAAAGCAACCCAGCAGUGUCGAAUGCGGGUAUUAUGUCAUGCGCUUCAUGAGGGACAUCAUCAUGGAUCCUUCCUUGGAGUUUGAGAAGAAGUUUGCCAAGGGAAAAGAUCAAGCGCCAUACCCCCAAGCAGCCAUUGAUGAAGUCAGGAAAGAAUGGGCAGAGUUUGUUUGCCUUCAUAUGGAUUAG